GUUACCUAUUAUUCAAGGAGGCACUUUUGCAUUCCUCACCCCCACCCUGGCCAUGCUGUCUCUCCCCCAGUGGAAAUGCCCUGCCUGGACACAGAAUGCUACCUUGGUGAAUGCCUCUUCACCAGAGUUCAUCGAAGUCUGGCAGACGCGGAUGCGAGAGGUGCAAGGAGCUAUCAUUGUAGCUUCCUGCUUUCAAAUCUUCGUUGGAUUUUCUGGCCUGAUUGGAUUUCUGAUGAGGUUCAUUGGCCCCCUGACAAUUGCCCCCACCAUCACCUUGGUUGCCCUACCUCUCUUUGACUCAGCUGGGGAUGAUGCUGGGCAGCACUGGGGCAUAGCAUUCAUGACUAUUGCUUUCAUAGUUCUGUUCUCUCAGUACCUGAAAGACGUCCCUGUGCCGCUGCCAUCUUACCAGAGAGGCAAGAAGUGCCACUUCUCCCCGGUCUACCUCUUCCAGAUCUUCCCGGUGCUGCUGGGGCUCUCUCUGAGCUGGCUGCUCUGCUACGUGCUGACGGUGACCAACGUCCUCCCCACGAACCCCACUGCUUAUGGCCACCUGGCCCGGACUGAUGCCCGUGGGGACGUUUUGUCGCAGGCUCCCUGGUUUCGGCUGCCUUACCCAGGCCAGUGGUGAGUGCCGACCGUCAGCCUGGCCGGGAUAUUUGGCAUCUUAGCCGGGGUGAUUUCUUCCAUGCUGGAGUCCGUGGGGGAUUACUACGCCUGCGCCCGCCUGUCCGGAGCCCCGUCACCGCCAAAGCACGCCAUCAGCCGCGGGAUCGGAGUGGAAGGCAUCGGCUGCCUCCUGGCCGGCGUAGGGAGUCGAAUGGUGAUCAUUGCCGGUGCCUGUGCCAUGCUCCUCAGUGGCAUCUUCGGGAAAAUUGGAGCGAUACUUGCCAGCAUACCCACCCCUGUGAUCGGAGGCAUGUUCUUUGUGAUGUUCGGAGUUAUCACGGCAGUGGGGAUUUCCAAUUUGCAGUACACAGAUAUGAACUCCUCCAGAAACAUCUUUAUCUUCGGAUUUUCUGUGUUUGCUGGCCUCACCAUUCCCAACUGGGCAAGCAAAAACAGUACGCUGCUGGAAACAGGAAUCAUCCAGCUGGACCAGGUGAUCCAGGUGCUUCUCACCACUGGCAUGUUUGUGGGUGGACUCCUGGGGUUUUUCCUUGAUAACACCAUUCCAGGAACACAGGAGGAGCGAGGGCUCCUGGCAUGGAAGAACAGCCACAAGGGAGAGUCGGACAACUCUCAGCUCAUUUCCAAGGUCUAUGAUCUUCCAUUUGGCAUAGGCACCAAAUACUGCGCUUUCUCUUGGUUUCGGUAUCUCCCUGCUUGCCCCAAAAGACUCCCCAGUGGCAAGAAAAUGGAUGAACUGAAGGCUGCUGGGCACACAAGCAGUGUCAAAGCAAGCUCAGAAAGAGACUGUGAGAUCGGUGCUGAUACAAGGAUCUAA